CAAGUGUCUUUAGGCAUAAGUGGUGAAGUUUUAAUGAAGCUGAUUCUUGUUCUUUUCACAGAGAAAAAGCAAAAGCUGCUGUUUACUGGAACAUCUCAAUGGAUGUGAAAUGGGACACCUGUGAUGUGGAUGCAAAUAUCAUGGAAAAAACUGUAAAUAUUAAGGAGGACAACUGUGAGUGGGAGUCCAUCUACAUUAAACAGGAAAGUCUGAGCAUCAAGGAGGAGGACAGUAAACUGCAGCCAGUGAGCAUUAAAGAAGAACCUGAAGAGAAGUCUGUCAAUAUUGAGACACAUAACCGUACAAAUAUGGACAGUGUAAAAGAAGACAACCUUCAAGAUGGAGUGGUGACCAGGUUAGACUCUUCUUAUAGCAGACACUGUUCAUCUCCAGAGGCUUCUAUCAAUGUGAAGUCUGAAUCAUUAGAGUUUGAACCAAAGAGGGCUGUGGAAACUACAUCUGUUAGAGCUCAGAAAAAUAAGCGACCAUCUUCAAAGAAGUCUGGAAAAAGAAAGAAAGAUCACUGCAGUGUGGAAUGUGGCAGAAAAUUCUCUAACAGGAGUGCUCUUCAGAAACACACGAGAGUUCACACCGGAGAGAAGCCAUAUUGCUGUAAUGAAUGUGGCAAACAGUUUUCCUAUAUGAGCAAUCUUCAGAUACACACGAGAGUUCACACCGGAGAGAAGCCAUAUUGCUGUAAUGAAUGUGGCAAACAGUUUUCAAAAAUGAACCAUCUGAAGGACCACACUAGAGUUCACACCCGAGAGAAGCCAUAUUGCUGUAAUGAAUGUGGCAUACAGUUUUCAUAUAUGAGCAAUCUUCAGAGACACACGAGAGUUCACACUGGAGAGAAGCCAUAUUGCUGUAAUGAAUGUGGCAAACAGUUUUCGCAAAUGAGCAGUCUUCAGAGACACACAAGAGUUCACACCGGAGAGAAGCCAUAUUGCUGUAAUGAAUGUGGCAAACAGUUUUCACAGAUAGGCAGUCUUCAGAGUCACACAAGAGUUCACAAAAGAAUAAAAACAGUAGCAGUUCAAAAAUCAGUCCAGAAAAACAAGAACCCUUCAGGACUCAAGAGUGAGGUUCAGUCUUGUCCUGAAAACUAAGCAAACUAAACUAUUGUUGAGAAAUGAAUCU